GUCACAUGCGCCCGGGGUAUUCGUCUUCUAACUAAAGCUAGGAUCACUAGUACUUAUCUUCCGUGCAGAUGUCUGAAUGGGACCGUUGGGUUAUAACGACUGAUGACAGGGUUAAACACGAUGCUCAGUUUCAGUUCCUUAAACCUGUUGGUGGUUAUAUAACCGGUGAUCAAGCAAGAGUUUUCUUUAUGAAGUCAGGAUUAUCAGUUAUGGUCUUGGGGCAGAUAUGGGCUCUUGCAGAUAUGGAUAUGGAUGGAAAAAUGGACAAGAAAGAGUUUUCGAUAGCUAUGUUUCUUAUCAAAAAAACAUUGGAAGGUCUACCUUUGCCUUCUACUUUGCCUCCAGGUCUCAAGAAAGAUCCUCAACCCGCAUUUAUUACAUCAGGUGUUACUCUUUCAUUGAGCUUAGUGAGCGAUUCAGGUCAUAAUGGUCUUUCUUCUGUGUCAUCAAAUGGGCAAGAUUCUAAUCCAGCAUCUACAGCUUACCAGGAUUGGAUUAUAACACCAACCAAUCGUCCACGCUAUCGACUUCUUUUUAAUCAACAUGAUCGAAAUAAACGUGGUUUUCUCACAGGCGUAGAAGCGAGAAGUAUUCUCUCACAAUAUGGCCUUUCAAAUCCCAUACUUGCUCAUAUCUGGAAUCUUGCAGAUUUGGAUAAAAAUGGCAAUUUGAACUGCGAUGAAUUUUGUAUUGCAAUUUUCUUAAUUGAAAAAGCAAUUUCUGGAUCUCAACUUCCAAACACGCUCCCUUCUGGUCUUCUUCCUUCAAAUCAACCGCGCACAUUUGGGCAUACAUCUCCUAGCGUUACUGCCAAACAAGAUAAUGAAUCCAAGGAAAGCAAAUCAUCUCUAAGUUUUGAAGAUAAACGAAGAGAAAAUUUUCGACAAGGUCAAGCAGAACUCGACAGACGAAAGCAGGAGUUGGCUGAAAAAAUGCGUCUAGAUGAAGAAGUUCGUUUGGAGAAUGAACGAUUAGAAAGGGAGAAGCAACAAAAAUUACGUAUGGAGAAAGAGCGUCAACAAGCUGCAGAGGCUGAAAAACAGGCAGAACUUUCAAGACAACUGGAAGCUCAGCGCGAACAACGUCGUCGUCAAGCCGUUGAACAUAGGAUGAAGGCAGCACGUGAUGCAGAAAGGCAACGUCAAAUAGAAUCAGAACGGAUUCGAACUGAUGCUCUUUUAAAGGAGCGUAAUCACAUACAAACUUUGCUGGAGCAGGCUGUUGCUCAUCGUGCAAGUCUGCUUGAAUCAGCAUCAUCUCAACAACAACGUUUAUUGGAAUUAGACUCUCGUCUUACUGUCGCACAAACUGAAGUUGAUUCUCAUAAAACAAGUAUUAAUGAAAUGCGUAGUAAACGUGAUGCUUAUGAGCGUGAUAUUCGAGAUAUGACUGAACAAGUGGAAGCUGCAAAAGCUGAACUUACUCAUUGGCAGAGAGAAAAAGAACAAUUAAGCUUACGAAUGGCUGCUGGAGUAGAUAUGAAUCCUGUUAUGGAACAGUAUAAGACAUUGCAGUCAAUGCGUGAAGCACGUAUUAAAACGAUUGAACAGUUAAGAAAUAAGUUAAAUGAAUUAGAUCAAAAUAUGACCCAGCAAGGUCAUGAACUGGCUACUAGACGUAAUAAAAUCGACGAUUCACAAGAUCGCGUCACACGGACAAUGCUUGAUUUAGUUGAUCUGCGACAUUCUGUUGAACAGAAAAUGCAAGCAUAUAAAUUGCAAAAAAAAUCUACUGAUUUAUCCAUAUCCACUUCAACUACCAUUGGAAGUACACAAAAAGAGUUAUAUGAAGCAAUGUUUGACUUUACUGCUAGACAUCCGGAUGAAUUAUCAUUUACAACUGGGACGUUAAUUGAUGUCUUUGUAAGUGCCCCGAUUAAUGUUGGCCCAGGUUGGUUAUAUGGUCAAAUUAAUGACAAAGUUGGCUUAUUUCCUGAAACGUACGUACGAAAAAAAGUCGAUGGGAAAAUUGAUCCAUUUGAUCCUUUUGGUGUUCAUAAAAUAACGAACACACCUGUAUCAUCGGGAAUGACAACAACAACAACAACGAUAUCUACUACAAAUAAUACACCAAAUACAAUUAGUGUAAUAAAUACUAUUAGCAGUUUGACUGAACCGGCGAAUGAUAAUCUAGUGGCAAGUGAAACAACACCAACAACAAAACUCAAUGAUACUACAUUUUCUAACAAUGAUUUUUAUGGUGAAGUACAGCAAAACUGGAAUGUUUCAAUGUCUACAAUAACUUUACCUGAAAAUAUACCAACAGAUCAAUUUUUAACAUUGACGGUUGACGAUCGGGUCAAAAUUAUCAAAGAAAAUGACAAUAAUAAAGAAUGGUAUUUUGGUGAAAUUACUGAUAAAUCUGAUAUUGUGAAAAAAGGAUGGUUUCCAAGUUGUUGUUUAAAACCAUUUACUAAGUCCAAUACGUCUAAUAUAAAUGGACUAAGUAUCUCUUCAUCAUCAAAUAGCUUAUCAAAACAACCAGACAUUCUAUUUUCAUGUAUCGCAUUAUACCCGUACGAGUCGAAUGUACCUGGCGAUUUGAAUCUUUCUGUUGGUGAUUUGAUUAGAGUUUGUGUUAUAAAGGAUGAUUGGUGGGAAGGUAUUUGUGAACGAACUAAACUCAAAGGUUUAUUCCCAGCUAAUUAUGUUCGUAAACUAAGCAGUGAGGAAACACGGUCAAUGGAAGAAAAAUUAGAUAUAAGCGGAUCAACUAUUAAUCAAAUGGAACAUAAUGACACAAUUAAUCCUCCAUCUCUAUCGAAAAUAAUCCCUAUAUCAUCGCCGAAAUUAAUGGAAGCAAAUUCUAAUAAUUGUAUGGCUAAUUUACUUUCUUCAUCAAAUACAUCCUCAACUUCAUCAUCUGGUGUUAUUGUAUGCACUCAACCAGAGUUCGCUCGAGUAAUUGCACCAUACAAAGCUACUUCAGCUGGUCAACUAACUCUUCAGCCUGGUCAAGUUGUACAACUUCGUAAAAGAUCACCUAAAGGUUGGUGGGAAGGAGAGUUACAGCAAAGAGGUCAUAUUCGUCAAAUUGGUUGGUUUCCGGCAGAUUUCGUUCGACUUAUUACACCACUGACAGUGAAUGGAUCGUCUAAUUCGUCUGAUCAAAAACUUCUAUCCAAAAUAAUAAGUACCACUAAUAAUCAAAUUGAAAAUACUCCAACUAGUUUAAAGGCAUUAGCAUCAAAAGCGAUUACUACAUCAAAUUCUGUUACUGAUAAUUCUGUACAAAGUCAACAAGCACAAUCAAAUCGUGUGGAAAUGAUGCAAACUAUUUUUAGUUAUAAAGCUGUUCAUGCAGAUGAGUUAACAUUUGACGAAGGUGCUAUUAUCACAGUACUAGGUCGAGAUGAACCGGAAUGGUGGCGUGGUCGACUUCAAAAUUCUGGAGCAGAAGGACUUUUCCCUGUUAAUUAUGUACGUCCGUACAAUCCUCCCUCACAAACUGAAAAAUCUACGAAUUCCGUGAGUCAACGUCCUGUUGUUCCUGCACAAAUGGAUACUGAUAUUUCUAGAAAACUACGUGAACGUGAUUUUGCUAUUGAAGAACUUAUCAAUACUGAAUUAGCCUACAAUAAUAGUCUUAUUGAAGUGAGAGAUGUUUUCUAUAAACCAAUGAAAGCAUCAAAAAUGUUAACUUUGCAACAAUUGGAUGAUAUUUUCCCUCAUUGGAAUGAGUUGAUCGAUACUUCAACUGAAUUUUGUCGUGAUUUGAAUGAUUAUGUUAAAGACGAUUCAUCUGAUCAGUCGAUUAGUCAAAUCCUUUUAAAACAUAUGAUUAAAUUUAAAGUCUAUCGUCUAUAUUGUACUCAACAACGUGUUGCAUGUGAAACUUUACAACAUUGUCUGUCAUCUAAUUAUCGUUUAAAUCAAUUGGUAAAAAUAUUUGAAAAAAAUACUAAAACCAAAGGUUUACCCCUGUCUUCAUAUUUGUUGAAACCAAUGCAACGUAUAACAAAAUAUAAACUAAUCGUUGAAAAGAUUGCAACAAAUACACCUAUUUCAUGUCCAGACUACGAUGAAGUUGUUAAGGUGAACAAUUUGAUGUCUGCCCUUUUAAAGUCAAUUGAUCAUGCAAUUGGAUCUAAAGAUAACCCUAAUCGUAUCGACUGGUUCCGUUCACGAUUGAUUGGUGCUGAUAAAUGGCUUCUAGAUUGGUUAUCUGAUAAUACAGCUCAACAUCCUCAUGACAGGCCAUGUUUAGUUCAUUGUGGUACACUUUAUAAAGCUAAAAACAAUCGAGAAUUUAUUUGUUUCUUAUUCAACAAGUAUUUCAUUUUAACUACACCAAAUUAUAAUACUAACGGACGGUUAUUUGAAUUUCCAUCUACAAAUCAAUUGAAUGAAAUAAAAUGGUCGUUUAUAUUAUACAAAGAACCAUUAGCAUUGAAUCAAAUAUAUGUAUUUAAAGGCUCAUUCAGACAAAGCACUGAAUCAACAUCUUCAGUUUUUGGUAGUUAUUCAAUAACACCUCAAUCAGCACCAUACAACAAAUCUACAAAUGAUGAACUUAUACGAUCAGUAUCCACUUCUACAUUAGCUGAAUCAAAUGACAAUCCCAAUAUUAAUAUUAGACGUCAAUCUGAAAUUGUAAAAUAUUCAACGACAAAUGUAUUCUCAUUAUUUAAACGAAGAAAUUCUUGGCAACCUAUAGUGACUUUAAAGGCUCCAUCGAAUGAACUUUGUGAUCUUUGGGUGUUAAUUUUGAGAGAUCAAAUUAAAGCUGCAAGCAAUUUGUCUAACUCACAUUCUUCUUAUUCACCAUCGUGACGGGUAAGAUCACACUAAUCUGUUUGACUGUUCAUUGAGAUCUGUAUCAAUCCUAUGCUGUGUUCUAAUUGUUAUAUUCGAAAAUAAUGCAGAUCAAUUCGAAGUUCACUUCAAGAUCAGUAUUACUGAUCAAAUAUGGAAAUUUUGUCAAAUAUUUGCUAAUCAAUCGUUAAUAGAAUUUAAAACUUCUGAAACGUUAAGUUUUUUGAUACCGGAAUCUUUAGAAAAGUGUUUACAUAUCACUGCCUUCAAAUCGUUACCAUAUACUAAUUCAAAUAUAAUUGGAUCGUGUAUCGUACCAUUUUCAAAUAUAUUCAUUAAUUUUCCACCAACUUCAAUUGAAUCAUUUACUAAACAACUUGAAUUGAAUCAGUCUAUCGGUAUGAAAAUGGAGUUCAUCAUAGAACUUACCGUUUAAGAUUGUCAGUAAUAAUAAUAAUAUAUUAAUCAAAUAGAAUGCCAUUUACUUUCUUAUUCUCAUAAUUAUAUGACAUAUUAUCGUUAAGUUUUAUUUUAUUCCGAAGAGGUUAAGCAUAAAUUAUCAAUUUAAUUUUUACCGAUCUCUUCUACAUAUGGUUCUUGAUCAUUUUAUUGGUGCUUUUUUUCUUUUUCACAUUUAUCACUGACUCAUUUACAUAAACCUUCAUAGAUUGAUAUAAUUACAUGUACAUUGUGCUUAGUGUUCAUACUCUUUCCCAUUUUUCACAAAUUUACUCUAUAUUUCAAUAAUUCAGUGUACAAAAUUGAGACCUCAUUUUAACUUUAUCUGUUUGUUCGCUUUCUUUUGUAAUUUAUGGUCUUAAAUUUUUGUUAAUAAAAUUUUACCAGUGAUU